ACCUGGAAUCAAUAAGUAGCCACGAGCCUGGAGAGGGUCUGUGCAUGUCCAAGCUGAGGGCAGCAGAUGCUGGACCCCGGGAGCUUUCUGCAACCAAGUGAACAAGUAAGGCCUGCAGAGACUGGCUUGCCAACAGCUGGACUUGAUCACCAGCUUGAAACUGAGAUCAUGCACUGGGUAGAAUAACAAGCAAACUUUGUUCUCUCUGGCUAUGCAAAGCGUUGUUUUCCAAGGAAUUGCCACAGCAGCAGACAGAAAACCAGAGAUUGCCACCUGGAGCCUUGAGUCAUUUUCGAGAACCAGAGUUCCUGGGAAGUGUGCAGGAUGGUGCUGGCCCUUUGGAGAACUUCUGCUUCACUGGUUCUCUUCCUUGCAGCAUUUCUGCCCUCACCACAAUAUGCCCAGGACCCAGCAAUGGUGCACUACAUCUACCAGCGCUUCCAAGUCUUGGAGCAAGGGCUGGAAAAAUGUGCCCAAACAACAAGGGGAUAUAUUCAAGACUUCCAGGAAUUCUCAAAAAACAUAUCCAUCAUGCUGGGAAAGUGCCAGACCUACACAAGCGAAUACAAGAGUGCUGUGGAAAACCUUGCCCUGAGAGUAGAGCGUGCCCAGCGGGAGAUCGACUACCUGCAAUACCUCCGAGAAGCUGACUUCUGCAUUGAAUCAGAGGAGAAGACACUGGCUGAAAAGGUGCUUCAAGAAGCAGAAGAAGAAAAGAAGAUCCGAACCCUGUUGAACACAACAAGCUGUGACAACAUGCUGAUGGCUAUAAAGUCUCUGAAAAUAGUGAAGAAGACCAUGGACCCAGAUGGCUCUUGGAUGAAAGAUGCUGGCAGUAACUCUGCCAAAGUGUAUCUUUUAGCUGGAUCCAGAAACAACACAGUUUGGGAAUUUGCAAACUUGCGGGCAUUCAUGGACGAUAGCAUCAAGCCUGGUCCCCGGAAGCUAAUCUUACCACUUUCCUGGCAGGGAUCAGGGCAAGUGGUCUACCAAAGCUUUCUAUUUUUUCACAAUCAAGGAACUUCUAAUGAGAUAAUUAAAUAUAAUCUGCAGAAGAAGACUGUGGAAGAUCGAAUGCUUCUCCCAGGAGGGGCAGGCCGAGCACCCAUCUAUCAACACUCCCUCUCAACGUACAUUGACCUAGCUGUGGAUGAGCAUGGACUCUGGGCCAUUCACUCAGGACCAGGUAUCCAAGGCCAUUUGUUUCUCACAAAAAUCGAGCCUGGCACUUUGGGAAUAGAACACUCGUGGGAUACACCGUGUAGAAGCCAGCAUGCGGAAGCUUCAUUCCUCCUGUGUGGGGUCCUCUAUGUCGUCUACAGUUCCGGUGGCCAGGGCCCUCAUCGAAUCACAUGUGUCUAUGAUCCACUGGGCACUGUUAGGGAGGAGCAUCUGCCCAAUUUGUUCUUCCCCAAGCGGCCAAGAAGUCACUCCAUGAUCCAUUACAACCCCAGAGAUAAGCAGCUCUAUGCCUGGAAUGAAGGCAAUCAGAUCAUUUACAAACUCCAGACAAAGAAAAAGCUGCCUCUGGAGUAAUGGAUGGCCCUUUGGAGACAGAGUUGUGUGGCUUGGGCAGUGGUUUUCUGGGACACUGAGGUCACAGCCCCAUUUACAGUGUAGUAUCUACCCCUCUAGAUACACACAGGAAUAGGUUCUAAAAGUUGAAAUACAUAUUCUUCCUUUCCCAAUGUCACUCACUGCCUUAGGUAUCUUUUGAGAGCACAAAUGAGGUUACAAUUCAAUUGACCAAUACCUUGCCCUCACCCAAAUCUGAUGGGGCUUAAGGCCUCUUUUAUCUGGUUUACUUAUUUCCAAUCUUUUCUUUUGCCUUCCAGCAUUUUCUCUGAUUCUGCUCUAUUUCCCAUCCAGGAAUUAGGAUCUUGCCAGCCCUGAUAUUGACUUCUCAGGACUUCACUCAGGCUCUGUCCUCUUUUUCAAAUACUUAACAAAGAUUUUUCAUUGUCCAACUGUAUUAGUUACAUUUCUUGUUGCUAUGACCAAAUAACCGACAAGAAGCAACUUAAGAGAGAAGAAGUUUGUGCCAGUUUAUUGCUUUAAAGGGAGCAAGGCACAGUAGUGCACACCUUCAGUCCCAGCAUUCGGGAAGCAGAGGAUGGUAGAUCUCUGUGUGUUCAAGUCCAACCUGGUCUAUAUGGUGAGUUCCAAGCCAACCAGAGUGAUACAAGUUACAUCUGUAAUCAGGAAGCAGGGAGCAAGCAGGAAGAGAGGCUACACUAAGAAACUUAAAGGUUUGCCCUCAUAGUAACUCAUGCCUCAUCAUAGUAACACAAGGCCUGCAUUCAGCUGGGAACCAAGAGGUCAUAUGAACCCACGGGGCACAUAACACCCAUCGGACCACAACACCCAGGAAACACUAUUUCUUGUUAAUGCCUAAUUUUUAUUUCCUCUAGCCUUGCCCUUCUGCCAAGCCAAGUGGAUACAGUAACAAUGUAAAAUCAUGAAUAGUUGGAUGUUACUUUCUAGUUACAAAGCUCUUUUUACAUUGUUUGUCUUUGUAUCUUUGUCCAGUAUGUACACAUCUUCAUAGUUGCUAAGCUAGAGAUAAGAGUUCAGGUGAGUUGUUCAAAGCAGCAAACUACAAAAUGAAAGAGCUAGGAAGAUUGCAAACCUCUGAGUAUUUCUAUCACCCAAGGAAGGAAGUAUCAGUUAGGUACUUUGCUCACUUAAUCAGUGUGCCCAUCAAUUCAGCCUAAAAAUAAUACUCUGCCCCUUAGCCUGUUUUCAUGUCUGUAUAAGGUCUUAUAGGUCUUUCAAAGUCUGCUUUCUCUACAAAACCAGUCCAAGGGUAAGGAUGCAAUUCUAGCCUCAUCUUGUUUUUCUGUUGCCUCCUUCUUUCUUCUUGCUUUCAAUGUAAUAAAAGUGAGAUUA